AUGCAAAAAUCCUCCCCACCUUUUCAAAAAUCAUACAAACGUCACAACAGCCAAAAGGCUGAAAUCCCUUAUCAACAACGUAUCAACAUGAAUAAGGUCAAUCCAUCCCAAUCAACAGGAUAUUCCUCUUCACGUAGAAUUAUCAGCCCGCCUCCUCAACUUAAAUUACCUUUUCCUCCUCGCAUAAUUCCUGAGGAUUUGAUCAACGAAAAAACCAUGAAACUACCAUCAAAGCCCCCUAAUUCCUUUUUCAUUUAUCGAAAAGCUUACACUAAAGAACUUGUAUCCCAAAAUCUUCGAUUUAAAAUGACAGAUGUUUCUCCUUGGGUUUCGAUUUCUUGGAAAUCGGAACCUGAAGAAGUUAAAACAAAAUAUAAAGAAAUAGCACGCGAAGUGAGAAAAAUUUAUAAAAAAACAAAACAAGAGACAGAGAAAGAAAAGUUAAUUUUAGAAUGUAAAAACAAGAAUUUUCAAGAAAUAGUGUCAAUGCUGCCAAUUCCGACACCGCCACUCAACGAUGUGACUUUACCUCAACAUUUGACCACAAAUUAUGAAAUACCAAACGACAAUAACAUCAAUUUCAUUGAUAAUCACCACCACCAUCAAAACCACAUUGAUCAAAGUUAUUUCAACACUCCUCCUUUGAACAUUUCUCCAUCAACUGAUAACGGCGAAUUUCCCCCACGAAACACUCAACAACAUCAACGUUUCCAACAAAAUGAUAGUAUCAGUAAUGAUGUUUGCCAAAAUUUUACAGUGAAUUUCUUUGAAAACCUAAAUAAUGAGUUAUCUUAUUCAGAGCCAACGAUAAUUUAUCCAAACAUUUUAAACGUUUGUGGCAUAUCAAAUUCGCUCGAUCCUUGUCAAUAUGUUUUAGAUGAAAAUCCAUGGGUUGAAAAUUUCAUGGAAUUUUGUGAUGACCAAUUCUAUAUUUAA